CAGCAGCCUUGACGUGCCGUCACGAUUUACUGUCGUUUUUGCGUACGAGCGAAUUUUGGAGCGACGCGCCUCAUUCCCGCAGACUUUUUUGCGGUUUCGCAACGUACAAAUUCACGAUCGCUGGGGCUCGCAAGAAUCGCGUUAGCUGCAUAGUAGAAGCACGGUGAAGGAGCCGUUCAGUCCAUUCUCGACCAACAGGAACUACUUGUACUCAGCUUGGGAAUAUCUUCUGUUGAACCGCGAUUGGAAUAUUAAAUGGUCAUGCGGCAUCGCAGCCUGUACCUCAACUCUGCAUGGUGUGCUUGUCUUGCUGGUUACCUGGAAGCGCUUUUAGUGCACCGAGCCGGAGUCCUGUUUUGGCUGGCACAGGCUACGCUGCCCCACGCUUUUGGAGAAGACGCGACGGAAUGCACCAAUGCCGGCGUCGUGGGAGACGCGGGCAGCACGGUAUCCUGUUUGAAAACGUCCCCAUGAUGCCGUACUUGUCAUGUGACUUUAUUUCCAUCUGACGCUGCAGCAGGAACCGGGGCUGAAUAUGUUUUGAUGCGACUCCCCAUGAGGACAUCGGCCGGUGUUUCGGAGAGGACAAUUCGUCCUGUUUAGUGAACCAAAAUUAUAGUAGUUGUAGCUCUGUUAGUUUUACGUUGUUCCAAUUGAUUCAACAGUCUUUCCAUAUUAUCAUCUUCUUCGCAGUAGACCUCUGACCUUCAUCGUGGGCGGGGCGUUUUUGACUAGCAUACACUGGCACGCGAAUCUACGUUGUGCACAACGUGACGCGUGCGCCACAAAUCGAGAACAUCGGCAAACAAUCGACGGGCGGGUUAGCGAAGCUGGGCGCACGACAGGCGUUCGAAACAGGAUUAGGCGAUUUGCUGCAGAAGGCGUACCUCCGGCUAGAGCAGCUCGGGUGCGCACCGCCAUCCGGCCACCUUGGGAAACCGACUGAGAAAAGUGCUAGUUUGCCGACCGGCAACGGCGGUGCACCGCUGCAGCGUUCUUGGGGCGUCGCGCCGAAACUGAGCAUUCUUGGGACCGCGGGCACGCGCCUGAUGGCCCCGGAGAAGAACGCAGCCCUCUGGAAGGAGCUCCGCGCGCUGAUCCAAACCAUGAUGGUAUCCUGAGGAAAAACGGGAUCCACGCACCAUAGUCAAGAUGAGUGUACGUUUUGAUAGUACACAAGGAAAGAAGUUUUGACUGUUGCGCAUGAACAAAGAUUCACAAAGCUACAACUAGCUUCUCGUCCCGAUUAGAGCACGACAAAUUCCCGGACAGCAUUUUUAGAAAAAGCUCGUCAGGGGGCAGUGCAUGGGAUCCAAUUUGGGCGUGCAAAUAUGCAUGACGAGGACUCUGGGAGUAGUUGGGCACAUUUUUACACCGGAUAGAUGCACCAGAAGAAACUGAAGUUCGAACUACUGCAGCUGCGGACCAUAUCGGGAGAGGAGGAGGGGCUGUUCGCCUUUUACUCGGUGAAUUUGCUGCGCCACGCGGUUAGCCACGAGUUGCGGGCGUAUCAAAAUGAAUGAAAAGCACCCUGCCUCCAGAAAUGCAUAAAAAAGUGGGGAGUGUUGCGGCGAUUGAUAAUUUUGUUUCGGGAUCUAGUCGAGUUGUGGCAGCGAGUUCUAGCGUUGCAAGCAUCGCCUCUGCGGUGCUUUUCCGGGUCGACAUAGAUCUGCGCUAUUGAUGUGGGUCGAGAAUUUGUGAUGCUGCACCAGGCAAGGUGGCCAGGAUUCCCAUUGGGAGCUUUCGCAAGGCAAAGUUCAUCUGGGGUUGGGGUGCCAUUCACGGUGAUAGGGCACGCGAGAAAUUUCUUCACGGAGUGGUAGAUCUGGGCGGAGUAUCAAGCGUAAAUAUGUCUGGGUCCUCUGGGAGAGUGCAUCCAUUUGUCAUGCAGGUUUUGCACCUGCAAAAACUCCACAGUCAGCAUCGCAUAUUUGCAUUGCAUACGUAGCGUCGACGCAGGUGGCCGUGCCGAUGCGGCACAUAACCGAGGGCACAAAAAUUACGGCGAAAGAUGUUUUCAUCCGCAGCUUUCUGGGCUACGGGACAAAGGAAUUCCUCGGAAAUGUAUAAGUGCCGAGACAGUGCGUGCGCCUUUCUUGCUUUGACUAAAGUAUGCCCGCCUCUUGCGACGAACGAUUGAAUCACGAUAGUCAACAGUGUGUCGGUGCUGCAUGUGGAGCAUUGACCCCGCAGCUGGGUACAUCAUCAUCAUUUUGUAGAACAAUGAUUACUUACACCCAAAAACUCAUCUUCGAUUUACAGGCUCCUUCAAGUGUGAAAGAUUCGUGCCAGUUUGGAAAGCCAGCGGCUGACUGUCAAUCAGCAAUCAAGGCCGUGUUUGCGGAGCGGCAGGUUUCGGGCACAUCCUAUGUGCGUGAGAAUCUCUCGUACUUCGUAUCAAAAUGAAAAAACACGCGAGCGCCCCUGGAGUUCUUGGCGCGUGUUUGUAGACGUAAAUACAUGCAAAUUUGAAGAGGUUUUCGUUUCAAAGGAGCGCCCGCGGCGCGAAAAAGGAGUUUGUAAAACUGUAUUUGUGGUAGUUUUAGAAUCUCGGGACGACCGCAAAGCCAGUAAGUGUUUCAGACUACUUACUUCGCAUCGCAGCCGCUAGACUCGUCCACCUCUGGAGGUGUGUACAGGGACGGGUCGCUUUUUCACUUGGAUGCUUUGGCAAGGGUGACCUAGCGCUGAUUCAGGAGGGGGACCAGGCUAUGGCGUCGGUGUACACGAUUUCUGGGUACUACUUCGCCGCGCAGUUUCUUCGCUGGGUGGGCGCCCUACAAACGCCGGACGAGAAACUGAGCUUGGAGCAACUGGCCAAAGGCGCGAACGGUAUGAUAGGGAUGUCAAUUUUUCCAUCGAUGAGUUGUUGUGAUGCGCUACAGCAUUCUUAUCAUUUAGUGCCCUCUUCCAGGGAAAAGCCGCAAAGAAAAGGAGCUUCACUUUAUUCACUAAAUAACUCACUCAUUCUGAAUCAUUUAUUAUCGACAUUGCACUACAACAGCCGCUAUCCUAUGCAAAAAUGUUUGGGUCUGGAAGGUUGCACACUUUCGCCAUGCGUUUUGUGCAUGACCCAGAAGCUCUGAGAUGCCAGCAACAGCAUCUCAGGUUUGCAGGAGGCAUCUCAAAAAUAGCUUCCCGGAAGGUUCUCUCCCGCGUAAAAUUUCUUCAGACUUUGAUGACAAGGUAACAUGAGGGCCGCUUGCGCUGUGCAUGCAUCACAGAUCAUUUUUGCGCGAUGUAAGAUCAUGCGCAUCACAAGGUAGCAUCCUUGAGAACGACCCAGAAAUGAUAUUUUCUGUGGAUAGCUGCCUGUGCGACUCCCGGCGAAGAGGUGCAAAAGAAAUUUGA